AUGGAAAGUCAGUAUUGUUAUAAUGCAAAUUUCAAAGUUUUGUUAAGUAAUUUAUUAAUACUAAUGACCUAAAUAAGAAAUAAGAUUUUAACUUUAAGUUAAUUUUAAUAUAUGCAUUAGCAUAAAUUUAAGUGAAAAUUUCAACAGAGAAUUCUGUAGAAAAGUAUUUAAUCAUAUCAACAGGGCUAUUAGUUGUUAUAGGAUUUGAAAAUAAUAAGUAUUAUUUUAUUAAUAUUGGUGUAGUAAGUGAGAGAUUACAUAUUUUGCAGAUUGAAAGAGUAUUAAUGUGAAAAAAUGGUUUCUCAAGGGUCUAGAAGCCACCAUAAAUUAAACCAAUUUAAUAAACUGUAAAUCUAGAAUGCAUUGAUUAAUUAAAAUUCAUUUUGAAAGGAAAGAAAGUGAAUACAAAUCUUAUUUUUGGACAACAAACCUUAAGAAGAAGAAUCUAGGCCUUAUUAGCCUCAAAAAAGAAUAACAUUAGAUAAUACAAUAACUAACACAGAUCGUGA